AUGUUUCACCGGAGUCUAAAAUCGAAGUCUUCUUCCUUCAAUUUCAGCAGCUCGGUUUUCUUUAAACAUCAAACAAAGGAUGUCGUUUAUCCAUACAUCUCUUGGGGAGGGGAUUAUGUUGUUGUUGAACAAGCUGAAUUUAUAAGAGAAGAUGAGGUAGAGGAUGAUAGAAUCAAUGUUCUGAAGCAGAUGAUAAUGAAUAACCACGACUUCAGUGGUCAUAUUUGGGAGUUCGAAGAAGACACAACAGAGCUUUCUUUAGAGCUAGAUGACAAAGAAGGAGAGGAUGAUGAAGUUGCUCAGUCUGAAAAAGUAACAAAGAAUGGUGAAGAAGCUGAGAGUGAUGAGGACUUUCAAACUCCAAAACAGUCAAGACACAGUGACUCUUCGGCUAGGAAAGGGAAGAAGAGGCUCCCGGAUCGUGGUAUGGAAAAAAAGAAGCAUAAGGUUCUCUCUGCUAGACCACAGCAAGCGCCCCUUGGUGAAGAUAUGAAGACUUGGAUGGCACAGUUAUUUCAGCAAAAUAUUGAAGCAAUGGAAGAUAGGCUUCAGAAACAGAUGGCUGAGAGAUUUGAGAAGAUGCAGUCUGAGCUGCAAGGGUCACUUAAGGUUGGAGGAGGUCAACUUGAUCAUGGAGAGGCAUCCCCGAGGAAAUCAUCCCCAAGCAAGCCAUCGGCAAGCAAGGCGAACACAAGCAUGCCAUCACCUAGCAAGCCAACUCUGAGGAGAUCCGAGCGCGUGGAUGCCAGUUUGAGUGAGGGAGUAGAUAUGGACUUUGAUGCAGAGAUAGGUACCCAAAGCGUAGAAGGGCUUUCUCAGGCAUCAUUUGUGCCCGGAUUUGAUCCAUCGCAGACCAAUAGGGAAGACGGGACACGUGAUUUUUGGACUCCGUUGACUUCACUUCGACCUCCAGUAACUGUGGCAAAGGAAGGAAGUUCAGCUCCACCGCCUACAAGGUGGGAGAAGUGGUACAAAGGAGGAGUUAAAACACUUCAGCUCAGUGAUUCACCACUUCCUCAAGAUGGUUCUCCGGAGUCCCCGUUGUAUUAUGUUGCAGAAGACACAUGGACCAGAUUCAGUGAAUGGUCUAUGUAUCCAAAAACUUUACAGUUUGGUCCUACAGCCUUCAACAUGACCAUAGCUACACGGAUUAUUGCAGCUGGAAAAUGGCUUGGAAAUGAGAAGUAUCAGUUGCCCAAUUUUCUUCUUGCUUACGGUAGAGGAGAGCUUCCAGCUUAUGGGCGGACUAACAAAACUUGGGGUGUUGAUGUUGAUAAACUGUACUUCCCAUUGUUUGUGAAUGGUAACCAUUGGAUUGCAGUGUGCGUGAACAUCAUUGAGAAAAUAGUGGAUGUUUAUGAUUGCUUUCAAGGGAAGAAUAGGCAACACGUUGAGAAGUUUGCUGUGAUGAUUCCACGCAUAGUGAAAGCUGUUGCUCCUCCUGAAGAGAAGAAGCACCUUCUGCUGGAAAAAUACACCAUCCACGACAUUCCUUUGAAGUCUAGGUUGAACAAGUCUUGUGCGGAUUGUGGGGCGUAUGCACUCAAACACUUGGAAUGCCUCUUGCUUGAUCUAGAUCUCGGUCUUGUUGAUGAUGAAAUCAUCAUGGGUUGUCGACAGAAGAAUGCUGUGGAUAUAUGGGGGGCUACUCAAGAUCCCAUUUAA